UCUGCUUGACAGAAUUAAAAUUCCUUACAAAACUAAAGUGAUUUGCUGAGGACGUUAUGAAAAAACUGCUUGCUGGGUUUCUCUGGCCAUUGAUCCUGUCAACCUUCAUUUGGUUAGCCGUACUCGAGGUCUUAAUAUUCUACAAGAGCACUGCCUUUGAAGAUGCCCACGAGUAUGUUUUCGAGCCAUACAAGGAGAAUAUACAUGAAUUUCAAGUGGGCUUACGGAGUCAGCGUUGGGACGACGAUCGGAUAGCGAGGCUGCUUUGGCAGCAGGUGCGCGUACAUUGCCUGGUUUAUCUGGAUGACUCGGACUACAAGCGCGGUCCCCGGAAGUUGACCCACAUCCGAGGCACUUGGGGUCGCCGCUGCAAUCGCCUGACCACUAUCAAUCGCUGGGAGAUUACGAUGGCGGAGGCCUACCGCCGCAUCUACAGGGAGUUUCGUCAUGAGCUCGACUGGCUGCUGGUUGUCUACCUGGACUCCUUUGUGAUUGUGGAGAACCUGCGUCACCUGCUGGCCCCCUAUCCGCCCAAUCGUGCCAUCUACUUCAGUGCCCAGCAUUCCUUUUUCAGCUACGCCCAUGUGGGUCAGGUUCCGAGCACCGACUACAUAUUCAGUCGCGAGGCCCUGGAGCAGCUCUGCACCAGGGACUGCCUGCACGACGACUUUUCUUUGAAGGAUUGCCUCGGGCGAAUGCAGCAUGGUCCCAGCGAUGCCCUGCGGGCCUUCAACGUUCCGGACGUGCUGGUUCCCUUUACUAUGCGCAAAGCGUUUUGGCUAUGGCCUUGCGCUUUUCAAUCCGUCUACGACAAUCAGAGCUGGACCAGCUGCUUCGGCCGUGGAGUCCUGUUCCCCUAUGUUUCGACAAUUCAAAUGGAAAUAAUUGAGUUUGUGCUCUAUCACCUGAGACCCUACGGUUAUGCAAAUCCCCUCCCGGAACUAAAGUCUUACAACAUAACAGCCAGGCCACCCAACAACAGUGUGGCCCAUCACUUGUUUCGGUCUGUGAGGAUAGUGUGCCUGGUGCUGACCUGGCCCAAGAAUUAUUUGUACGGUGUAAAGGCCAUCAGUGAGACCUGGGGACGUCACUGCAACCGGGUGAUCUACUACAGCCAAUCCAAGCUGAGCGGAGUGCAAGGAGCGGAGACCGUGGCUCUGAAUGUCAGUGAUGAACGCAAUAAGCUUUGGGGCAAGACAAAGGCAGCCUUUAGGCAUGCCUACAGGCAUUAUGGCCACGAGGCAGACUGGUUCUACAAGGCCGAUGACGACACCUAUGCCAUUAUGGAGAACAUGCGUUAUAUGCUGCGUUUUCACGCUCCCGAUACUCCCAUUUACUUUGGAUCUGCUUUCAACUUGGAUUCGCAAAUAUAUAUGUCCGGAGGAGCCGGCUAUGUCCUGAGCAGAAAGGCAGUGGAGCUGUUCGUUGAGGCAACAGCAGAGAAAUCGCUGUGCCAGCACGGGGAUAUCGGUGCCGAGGACUUUGAAAUGGGCAGGUGCAUGGAUCCACUGAAUGUGACAGUCGGCGACUCCAGAGACCCAUAUGGACGCCAUCGAUUUUUCUCACUUCCUCUGGAGUAUUUCCUCAUACCUGAGGAUGAUGAUAAUGAAUUUUGGCUUUAUAAAUACCUGGUCCAUUCAUGCAAAAAGGGACUACAGUGCUGUUCAACUUAUUCAAUUUCGGUGCACAAUGUAUCGCCCUAUGAAAUGCACUUUCUGGAAACAGUUUUGUAUGAAGCCAGGCCUUAUGGACUCAUUACUGGACAUCCUCCUUCAAGGAGCUUGCGAAAGAAUCGGUCAAGCUUGGGACAGUAUGAACUCUAA